UACGAGUGGUUUGGCAGACAAGUGCGCUCUCGCCGGCGAAAUGAAGUUCGCGGUGAGCAUCAUCGUCCUGAGUGCCAUGUGCUGUGCAGCGGCGGCGUCGGGCUUCGAGAAACUGAAGGACGAGGCAGAGCUGAACGCCAAAUUCUUCGUCAAGUCGUAUUCUACUCGCACAUGGACCUUCGUGUCAUCCUUUACCUCAACAGUAUUCUACACCUGCUACACUUCAGAAGACGCACCUUUCGUAGCGUGCCAGGGGAGGAAACUCCGGCGGUCCAGGAAACUCGAUAUUCCACUCGGCGAAGUGGAUGAAGAACUGGCUAGCAGUUUCGCAGAGGCGGAGGAGAAACAAAACACCGCAGAGAAACUAUUCUUCACGGUGUGGAGCACUAGCAGCACUACAGUUACCGUCACCACCUUCUCCACGAACAGAUCUGUCACUGUUUCAGUCCGUAUUUUGUGCACUUAUCCGGGAGUUAUGUUUAACGUCUGCUAGCAUGGCUGCUGAGCUAUUUGUUCAUUGUCCAGCGUGAUAGUGACUUCCCCAGUAUGUUCAGUUCUCCCUGAGACCUCAGUCAACUUCAGACACUAAUAGACAGUGAUUUUGAUGUAGUUCUUAAGAUUUGCUUGUACAUAACUGACCCCUGUAUGUAUAUAAAAGUAUGUGUUGAUAUUA